UUUCUACCCUCUUUAUUCUCUCUCCUCUUGCUGUUACGUCUGUAUUUCUCUCUCUAUCUUGAUUUCUCCCUUCAAGUACCAUUUUCUACCUCCUUUAUUCUCUCUCUCCUCUCCGCGCAAGUACGCUUUUUCCACUGAGACCACCGAUUUCCGGUUAUUCUCUCUACUUUCUCUCUCUACAAAUACCCUUUCCACUCUUUUACACGCCAGUUUUUUAACUCCUAUAUUCCCGGUUGCUCUUUCUCUCUCUACCCUAUGGUCCGUACUUUCUCUCUCUACCCAGUGGACUAUUAUUUGUUCUCUCUCUAACCAAAGUGGCCCUCUCUCUCUCUAACCAGUGACCUCUCUCUGGGGCCUGUGCUUUUUCUGGCUUUAUGCCCUUUUCGCUCUCUCUCUCUCUCUCUGUAUUUCUCUCUCUCUAGCUGACUCGUUGAAUGCCUGGACCGAGAAAGCAUUUGUACAUCAACGAGGUCAGGUUUUGAGCCAGGAAGCUCGUCUCUGCAACUUCACCUGAUUCUCUUUCUGCUCUCUCUCUCUACUGCAUGAUCUGCUUAUAAUCUCAGUUUAAGAUUGGGUGGUGUUUAUUUGGAGGGCUUCAGUUCGACUUUUGAUUUGGUGACGAGCUUCUUCGUGUGGAUUUUGGGGUGUUUUUAUGGUUUGUGGAGCUGUUUUGCUCUACUGAUUGAGGGUUUCGAGGAGAGUUUCUUCUGGUUCACUUUGUGGUGAUAGAUUUGCUGUAUAAGGGUUUUUCUUGAAUGAGUUCCAUUUUUAUUGCAAUCUGGGAUAUUUAUAACAUUUGAAGCUUCGAUACUUUACAUAUUUAUUUGGAUUAGGGUUUCCUCUUUGUAUGAAUGGUGGGCAUGCAUCGUGGUUAAACGACAUGGUUUUAGGGCAGGGUUUAUGGUGGCACUGAAAGAGAGAAUCAGUGGAUUAGGGUUUCUGUUGUUUUGAAUGCAUGGUUUUUUGAUCGGGAUUUUUGGAGAUGGGUUUUUGUUUUUGAAAGAUGGCGUUUUGAUUAGGGUCUUGAGAAGAUGGGUUUAGGGCCUGGAGCUACCCAGGUUGAGGCAUGGGAGCAGGUGAAAAGAUCAAGGGGGAGGAAGAAGGGUGAAGAUGGAGAAGACACUGGCUGCUGGUUUAAGUUCAGGUUAAUGGGGAGCUGCAUUUCUUCUAGAUCCAAAGUGGACAAUUCCAUUAGUAGCGCCAGUACUCAUUAUGCUGAAAGUAAAUCUACAAACGAUGUAAGUAGAGAUCAGCCCGUUGUGCCUGUGGUUUCUUCUACAACUACCAGUAAUGCAGAGAGUAAUCCCUCUACUCCCAAAGUGGGAGAGGAGCUCAAAGUUGCCUCUCAGUUGAGGAAAUUCACAUUCAAUGAUCUGAAAUCAGCAACAAGAAAUUUCAGACCAGAGAGCCUUCUUGGGGAGGGCGGUUUUGGUUGUGUCUUCAAGGGUUGGAUCGAGGAGAAUGGAACAGCUCCUGUUAAGCCUGGAACAGGUCUUACUGUUGCUGUCAAAACCCUAAACCAUGAUGGUCUUCAGGGCCAUAAAGAGUGGCUGGCUGAAGUUAACUUUUUGGGCGACCUAUUGCAUCCUAACUUGGUUAAGCUAAUUGGGUAUUGCAUCGAAGAUGACCAGAGGCUUCUUGUCUAUGAGUUUAUGCCUCGAGGAAGUCUAGAGAAUCAUCUCUUCAGAAAAGGGGCCCUGCCACUCCCGUGGUCCAUACGAAUGAAAAUUGCUCUUGGGGCUGCAAAGGGCCUUGCAUUUCUCCAUGAGGAAGCUGAAAGGCCGGUGAUAUAUCGUGACUUCAAAACAUCUAACAUCCUGUUGGAUGCGGAAUACAAUGCCAAACUAUCUGAUUUUGGGCUAGCUAAAGAUGGGCCUGAAGGAGACAAGACUCAUGUUUCUACUCGAGUGAUGGGAACGUAUGGUUAUGCAGCUCCUGAGUAUGUAAUGACUGGACACUUAACAUCACGAAGCGACGUCUAUAGUUUUGGUGUUGUCCUCCUCGAGAUGCUUACAGGACGGAGGUCAAUGGACAAGAAUCGUCCAAAUGGUGAGCACAACCUCGUAGAGUGGGCCCGGCCUCAUCUCGGAGAGAGGCGUAGGUUCUAUCGCCUCAUUGACCCUCGCUUAGAGGGGCACUUCUCUAUCAAGGGCGCCCAAAAGGCCGCACAAUUAGCCUAUCACUGCCUAAGCCGAGAUCCCAAAGCCCGCCCCCUAAUGAGUGAGGUCGUUGAAGCCCUUCAGCCUUUGCUAAACCUUAAGGACAUGGCCAGCUCCUCAUUUAAUUACCAAGCUAUACAAGCUGAGCGUGCGGGUGCUAAUAAUGGAAGGACCCAACAUGCCGCUCAUUAUGCCCUCAAAAAUGGGCAGCAGCCAGCGAGAAGCCUGAGCAAUGGGUCCCACUACCAUCCCUCCCCUUAUCGGCAGUCACCGAAGCCCAAUGGUAAACACCCAUAGAAAAAAAAAUUCAUCUUUUCUUUUCUUUACUUCUUUUCUUCUUUUGUUUAUUUAAUGGAUUUGUAUGCUUGAAGACUUGAGUGCUUGCUUAUAAGCAUGGAUGAACUUGUUGGGGGAGUGGGGCUGGUUUUAGGCUCUGUUGUGCUGUGGAGCUUGAGGUGGAUAGGUGUUUGGGAGGCGGGUUGGAUGGUUUUUAAGGGAACUUUGAUGGUGCACACAUUGUGGGUUGUGUGCUUAUAAUUGUUCUGAAUCUAACUGAGAGGGAUGCCCUAACUGCUGCUCAAGUAUGUUUUUUUCCUAGUUGACUUUUUAUGCUUGAAAGAAGUGAUGGUCUCCUUGAUGGUUCAAGCAUUGUUCGGCAGGAAAUUAUGUAUUGGCUAAUAUAUUUCACCUCUUUUUCUUGAUUUCUUUUUCUUCGAA